AUGCGCUUGACUUGGCAUUCGCCAGCCCUUUUUGCCAUUGGGACUUUUGUCCAAUGCGCCAAAUCUGCACCGCAAUCCUCCUCGGGCACGCUCGCCGACAGGGCACCAUCUGGGGCCAAGUCGGUCAUCAUCCAGAUGUUCGAGUGGACGUGGGAUAGUGUCGCCGCCGAAUGCACUAGUUUCAUUGGCCCAGCAGGUUAUGGAUUCGUCCAAGUGAGCCCGCCUGCCGAGCACAUACAAGGGAGUCAGUGGUGGACCGAUUACCAACCGGUCUCCUACACUCUCAAUUCCAAGAGAGGUAACCGCAGCCAGUUCGCCAACAUGGUGUCAACCUGCCACUCCGCUGGUGUCAAAGUCAUCACGGAUACAAUAUUCAACCAUAUGGCAGGAGUUGAGUCUGGCACCGGAGUGGGCGGCUCUUCCUUUACCCAUUACAACUACCCGGGUAUAUAUCAAACGCAGGACUUCCACCACUGCGGUCUUGAGCCGGGAGACGACAUCGUCAAUUACAGCAACAGACUCGAAGUGCAGACGUGUGAGCUUGUGAACCUAGCUGAUCUGGCAACAGAUACCGAGUAUGUUAGAGGUCGCCUAGCAGCCUAUGCCAAUGACCUCCGUUCGCUGGGUGUCGAUGGUUUCCGUUUAGAUGCUGUUAAACAUAUUGCUUCAGGCGAUCUCGCAAACAUCCUCUCUCGGGUUACCGGUCCCUUCUACGUAACACAAGAAGUGAUCUUCGGUGCCGGAGAAGCUGUCCAGCCAUCCGAAUACGUUGACAUCGGUGAUGUCCAAGAAUUCCGAUACACGAGUGAGCUGAAGAAUGCGUUUUCUGGCGGGGGGAUAGCCAAUUUGCAGGACCUAGAGAAUAGAGGCUGGGUCACUGGUAGCAAAGCCAAUGUCUUCGUCACGAACCACGAUACUGAACGGAACGGUGCUUCGCUGAAUGCCAAUUCGCCGUCCAAUACUUACGUUACUGCGACGAUAUUCUCGCUGGCACAUCCUUAUGGGACACCGACGAUCCUCUCGAGUUACUCCGGGUUCACCAAUACCGAUGCGGGCGCACCCAAUGGAGGUGUCGGAACGUGCUCUGGGACUGGCGGCGCGAACGGCUGGUUCUGCCAGCAUCGAUGGGUGGCAUUCUCCGGCAUGGUCGGUUUCCGGAACACAGUAGGCUCGGCAGGCAUAACAAACUGGGUCUCGCCACAAAGCCAGCAGAUCGCCUUCGGGAGAGGUUCCGCAGGUUUCGUCGCCAUCAACAACGCCGACUCGAGCUGGACCGCAACGUUUGCGACGUCGCUCCCCGCUGGGGCGUACUGCGAUGUCAUCAGUGGGAGUGCUAAUGCAGGGACGUGUUCGGGAUUAUCAAUCACGGUCGCUGGGGGCUCCUUCAGUGCUACUGUCCCCGCCCGGAGCGCCAUUGCCAUUCAUACGGGUGCAACGGGAACGGGGUCAGGGAACGGGAACGGUGGAUCUGAUACGGUCGCCGUCACAUUCGAGGAAACUGCCACGACCACGCUGGGAGAGAAUAUAUACCUAGUCGGCUCUAUCCCGCAGCUCGGGGUAUGGGUGCCGGAAGCAGCUAUCUUGCUGUCCGCCGCUACCUACCCGGUGUGGAGAGUAACGGUGAACAUUCCCGCUGGCACAUCGUUCACCUACAAGUUUAUCAGGAAAGAGACAGACGGUGGCGUCGUUUGGGAAUCCGACCCGAAUCGCCAGCUGACUGUGGGGGCUUCUGGGACGCAGACGGUCAGCAGUUCAUGGAAGUGA